GGAGUACAUGCCAUAAAACCAUCCAGGCCACGCACAUGAGCACCACAAUCACCCAAAUCAUCUCACACAACAACAGCACUCUCCAAAAAGGCUCGGAGCUCUGAUGGGGCACUUGUGAAGAAGCCUGCUGUUUACACGCUGUACACAAACACAGCUGCUAGCUACCACCGCAGCUCCGCCACUCCGCCACUCCGCCACGCUCUGUCUGCUCCCGGUGCAUCUGCUCAGCCUGGAGAUCCAUAGAGAUGAUUUGGACCCUGCUCCAUCUCUGUGCCUUCUUCUCUGGAACACACCCAUCUCCCACUCCAGCUCCAACCUCCUCCUCACUCACCUCCUCCCCCUGCUUAAUCUCCAACUCUGGCCUCUCCGCUGAUUGCCUGGGUAGACAGCUGGAUUCUGUUCCCUGGCACCAGCUACCAACCACUCUGGAGACAAUCGAUCUUUCAUACAACAGACUCAACACCAUCCACGCUCAAGACUUUUCCAAAUUUCCAAUCCUGCGCGUCCUUCUGUUAACCUUCAACAAUAUAUCUCACAUAGAUGACGACGCUUUUCUUCUUAACCCCAUGCUGGAGAAUCUUAACAUUUUUAAUAACUCCCUUCAAGAAAUUCCAGCCAGAGCUCUACAGCCACUCUCAAACUUAAAAAAUCUGCAGCUGUCUAACAAUCUCUACAAACACGCUACACUAGCAGGAAGCUUCGCCAACUUCUCCAAACUCCAGGUAUUAUCGCUAGGUGGACAUUUGGUGAUGGGGCUCAAAAAGGGAGAUUUUGAACCUCUUAGAAAUAUUUCGCUUCAAACUUUAGCCAUAAAGUGUUCAUCGAAUCUGAGCUAUUACGAACGUGGCAGUUUAGAAGUAAUCCAAACGAAGCAAAUGGGGUUCGAUAUGGCUAUAGACAAACUGCCAAACGCCCUGCUGGAUAUGCUUGGAGAUCUCGCUAACAAGAGCUUCACUGACGUCCAGUUCCGCAAUCUCUUUGAGUUCACCUACUACAUGGGGAUGGAGGACAUUUUCAGAGGGUUAGAAAAUAUUACAGCCCAAAGACUCAUCUUCUACAGAGGGAAGUUUAAUGAGAAUCUUCUAAGAAUGCUCCUGCUGAACCUCGAGAAAACCGCAAUAAAAAGACUGAGGUUACAGUACAUUGACUUUGCCCGGUCACCUUUGUUUUCAGACAGUGGAGCAGAGUCCAGCAUCACAGAUCUCAAACUGGACCAACUCGAUCUCUGGUACAUAAGUAACCCAGACAUUCUCCGCUUUGACUGGCGUUUCACUUGGCUGAGCGGGAUCAGAGAGCUGUCCAUUCAGUACGUGUACCUGAACUCCGCCCCGUGUGACGCCUUUCUCGAGAUGAGAGACGUGCAAACUCUCGAUGUCUCCAACAACCGCCUGAAGGAUGAAUAUAUCUACAACCGCCGCUGUGUCUACAAAGGAACUCUCCCCAAUCUCAAAUCAUUCAUUCUCGCUAACAAUGAACUCACCAGCCUCAGAGACCUAUCAUCCAUGACCAGAUACUUUGACCGAAUGGAGGUGCUGGACGUUAGCAAUAACAAGCUAGGUUCUGCCGCUUAUAGUUCUGGUUGUGACUGGCGACAGAACAUCACUCACUUCAUCGGUCACCAUAACGAUUUUGUGAGCGAGGCCCUGCUUUGCCUGCCGACCACCGUGGAGUAUCUAGAUCUCUGCUACUGUAAUCUGGACCAGUUGGAGAUGACGUUCUUUGAGAAAGCUACAAACCUCAAAAAACUGCUCCUAAGCGGUAACAAAAUCAAGUACAUCCCACCCAGCUGGAAAAGUCCAUCUCUUCAGUCGCUGGAGCUAGAUGGGAAUUCUUUUGGUGUGAUAACAGUAGACUCCUUCCAAGAUAUGCCUCUGCUGUCUUCUCUCAAAGCGGGCAACAAUCCAUACCAGUGCACAUGUGAGCUGCAUGCGUUUGUGGAGAAUACCAUAUCAAAAGAAAAGGUCAAUUUGACGGACUGGCCGUGGAACUACCACUGUUACCACCCCCAGCCUCUGCUCAACAAACUCAUCUCCAAGUAUGUUCCAGGGCGUGUGGCGUGCGACAUCAGACUGGUCAUCCUCAUCUGCGUGGCCACUACAGCUUUGGUCAUUAUCGUGCUCAUGAUCAUCUGCUACAUCUUCGAUCUCCCGUGGUACACCAAAGCCACGUACCAGAUCAUCCGUGCCAAGUACAGGGCGUACCAGGAGAGCGCGUCUGGGGGGGUGGGCAUGUUCACGUACCACGCAUUCAUCUCCUACAGCCACUCGGACGCGGAGUGGGUGAGGGACCAGCUGAUGCCCGCGCUGGAGAGCAGCAGGAACCCAUACCGCCUGUGCAUCCACGAGAGAGACUUCAUGCCUGGGAAGUGGAUAAUUGAUAACAUCAUUGAGAACAUUGAGAACAGCCGCAAGGUCAUCUUUGUUCUUUCACGGCACUUUGUCAACAGCGAAUGGUGCAACUAUGAGCUGUACUUCGCCCAGCAGCGGGCCAUGGGCAAAUCCUUCUCCGAUGUGAUCCUGGUGGUCAAGGAACCCAUCGACCCCAGCUCCCUCCCCAACAAAUACUGCAAACUCCGCAAGAUGUUGAGCACCAAGACCUACCUGGAGUGGCCCCAGCAAGUGAACCAGCGGGCAUUUUUCUGGGCACAGCUUCGGAGCGUGCUGGGGAGGCCUUCACCGGUGAGGUCCAGGAGCGUCAGCGUGAGGAGCAGCAGGCUUCAUUCGCAGGAGAGUCAGCACCUGGAGUUUACUAGUGGACUGAGCGUGGCUGUGGUAGGAGAGCCUAGAAGUACAGAGAUGGAGAGAAGUGAGGACGAGGUUAAUCAAAAGCAAGUGCAGCUACCUGUGGCCGGAUACUGAAGUACGAUUGGACGAGUGAAUGCUUGGUGAAAUAUAGGUCUGUCACAAUAACAUGUUUGUUUUUUCAUUUAAUCUGGAACUCUGCUCAUUUGACUGGAGCCAAACGCUAUGGAUGAUGGCAGAUUCCGUUACUUCACUUCUUAAUACAGUCUAGGAGAGAUAAUUACUAAUACUUCUAAUAUUAAUUAAUAGGCAGAGGUUCCAGUUCUGGGCCCCUAUGACCCUGGGGCCCGGGACAGCAAACCCCUUCGCUCCUCCCCGUCAACUUUCUGACAAUAAGUGUACAUUUUCUUUGUAAUUAUGGGAAGGUUUUUUUUUAUUUUAAUUGUAAUAUGAUAAGAUUUGCACUGUAGAGGGUUAGCUAAAUCUGUGUCUGUCUAUGGUUGAUUUUUGGUUCCUUCUGAUAUUUAUUUGUUGCUCUGCAGGACUUUUAAUGACACUGUCUGUUUAAAUAUUGUUUACUGGGAUUAUCCUGCUUUAUUUUGCGUUAAUGACAAGAAGUAGUUUAAAUAUUGCCAUUUAUAGCAGUAUUUCUCUGUAGCAGUAUAUCAUGCUUCAAACUCUUAAUGGGCCUAACACUAAUACUCCAACUGUAGACCAAGUCAAAAUCUGAAGGUAGGCCCUGAAUGCUAGGCCUAUCACGAUAAUAAUUAUAUCAGCUUAAUGUUCAAUAACUGAUAGCAGGAAUAAUAUGCUGUAUUUUGGGGGUCAAUAUUUAAUGUGUGUAUGGAUGCACCGAGCAGAUACUGGUAUCAGAUAUCGGCACCAAUACUGAAAACUUUGCUGGAUAAGAUAUCGGCCAAAUAUCAUUUCAACUGAUAUCCUGGUUGGACAUAAAUUGUAGUAAUAAAGACGGUUGACCCAGAAAGUGUCACACUUAACAUACAUUUGGACCAGUUUUAUCUUAAAAUGUUUUUGUUUUAAAGAAAUAAAUGGCAUUUUUUGUCUCUGCUCUGGUAUCAGAUGAUAUCGGUAGAUAUUUACAGCCAUAAUAUCGGAACUAGUAUUGGAACUACAAAAGUUGGAUCAGUGCAUCCCUAAAUGUGUGUAUGAUUUAUUUGCAAUAGCGGAGAGGCUUUUGCUAGGUUUAUGUAUUACAGUAAGAUUUGAGCUGUAGAGGGGUUAAGUAACUUAUCAACUAAGGUUAAUUAUUGGUUCAUUCAACUAUUUAUUUGCUGCAGCUCAGGCCUUUUAAGGAUAAAGUAUAUUUACAAAUGGCAUGAAGUACUUUCAGUAUUAUACUUUAUCUGAAUAUUUAUCUUGGUUUAAAAUCUGUAAUGGUGACAGGCCUAUUGGACACUGGUCUUGACAGGUUGCCCCAGCUACAUUGAAGGAUGGGUCAAAUGCAGGGGUCAAAUUUCUCUCUUACAUCAAUACAAUAUAAAUUCUACCUAACCUGUUUACUUACUACAGCCAAAAUGCAGAGGGUUUUUGAUACAUGAUAUGGAGCAUUACAUAGUGCAAGGUCUGUGUUUACUCAAAUGUACAAGUUUUUAAUUUGUAUCAAAUUAAACAAAGAUUUCAUUAUUGUUUUGUGACAUGAUUUUUAUAUUAAAAUGUCAUGUCAAAUCCCACCGUGAUAUGGAGCUCACAGUCCCGCCCUCUUCAAAGUCUGCUCUGGUUCCGGAAAUAACAUUUUUCCCAUAGACCAGCUACAUGGUAACUAAUAUACAUAACACUGUUGUUUUAAAGGUGCAUGGUGUAACUUUUGUGGUGAAGGGUUCGAGAUGUUAUUGCUUCAUCUCGAAUGUUUCACAGUAUGGUAUUAAACCUUUCUAUCAUCCUGGACACCAAAUUAGACCAAGUUACGGGUCAGGUCUGUAGAGAGGCCACUCACAGUCAGAAUGUUUGCUUUUCUACACGUUUUUGAAUUAUUGAACCACCUGUAAUUGAAUACAUGUAAGGCAGAGCUGUUUAAUGUCAUACUGUGGAAUAUUCCAGGCAGAGCAAUAACAUAUCCAUAGAAACAAGCAGGUGAUGGAGACCCAACUAAAAUGUUACAUAGUGCACCUUUAAGUUCAAAAAGUAUGUUUAAAAAUCUAAAUUGUGUGAAAAGUUUUGAUAACUUAGUGGUUUAUAAAAUUUCAGAAACAGAUUUUACAUACAAUUAUAGGUUUCAUACUCUUUAGUUACCAAAUAGCUGAUUAGCCCUGAGCAAACUUUCAAAACUGUAAUAUAUAUUUUUCAAAAAGUUUGAGAAAAAUCAGGAGGUGAGCGGUCACUGCUGAGCAUCAUAGACGAAAUUGUGAAGCCUCCUAGAAUAGUAGCCCAAGUAUUUUUUCAAGGUUUUUGAGACAACAGAAAAAUAACUUCUGUUAACUGUAAUAAAAAUAAAAUAAAAAUCUUUCUUAUUGGCAGGAUAUGAAAGCUUUUUUGAAGGACAACCCCAAUGUAACUCGUAUAGAUACAGCAGAGUGAGGAGAGCAGAAUGAAACCGAAAAAACAAAUACCUGGGCAGUUCCGCUAUGAGGAGUGUUUGCAUUAACUGCUGACCUGGACUUGUCAACAGUCAAUAAACGGCUGCAAAUAGAAAGGAGCUACUCCAUUUACAAUCAAUGUGAAAUGUGUAAUUAACUUUUAUAACAAAUGACUGUGAAAGGAUGUGAAUGCCAUUGGAAAGGGCAGAUUGUGUACAAAAAUAAGUUCUAUAAUAUAUAUUUUAUGGAAUAUCAAAUUUUCAGAGGUGGAAAGUACUCACUUGCAUUUAGUUUUCUAGCAGCAUACUUUUAUUCCUACUUGAGUUAUAUUUUUAUUGAAGUAACAUCACUCUUACUUGAGAUCAAUUUUUGGCUAAUCUACCCACCUCUGCAAAUUUGUCAACAUUUGAUAAUAUAUUUGUAAUAUAUGUCGAUUCUGUGUGAAAUUCUCCACGGUGAGAUCAAUAAAGUUCCAUCUGAUCUUA